ACAUACACGAAUAUAGAUACAUACCUACAUCGUUAUCACCGGCGGUAGAUCGCUCCCAGCCAGAGACCACCACUGGCGGAUGAAAGGAGUUUCUGGAUUUCCGAACAAAGAUUAUUCAUAGAUGGAGUAUAAGGAAUACAAAAGGCUAUCCGACGACACAGAUGAUCUGAAUAACGAUCGAGAUAACCGGCUACUAUCCGAGAUGCGCAGCCACGAGCCCUUAGAAAUAAGUGACGAGAGACGGAAUAAUAUUAGAAACGACGAAGACCUUGGCGAAGGGAUUAAGGAUGAGGAGUAUUCGACUGAAAGCGAAGCUGCGAUAAGCGGGGAAGUUGAUAACGGAGAGACGGGAAUUACAUCGGAUACCCGUCGCGACAGGAUAUUGAAUGGCAUAAAUGGGAAGAUUAUAAAAAAAGUGUCCGAAGAUGUCGACGAGGUUGACGAGGAGAACAAUAAGGAUAAACCGGACGAAAAACACGAUAACGAAUCAUCGACAACGACAACGGCAUCGUCAACUUCGACCUCCGACGACGAGUCCGAGACGACCUCCGAGGAGAAAGUUGAGUCAUCCGAUGGAAAGGGGAAGGGUUCGCCUUUGAAAAAAGAGGAAGCUUCAAUCGCUGAUCACGUUGAAAAGGAUAAGCCGAAAGGAUUCAGCGAGGAUGUCGCAAAGGAUGUGGGAAAAAAUGACGACACUACCGACGAGAGUGACAUCGAGGAUGACCUUAUAUCGGCAAUCAACUACAACACGAUCACUUCUCUCGCUGCUCUCAAGGACAUGCUCCAGUCUUCCGGCGAGGAUUCCGACGGUGUUGAUAGUUUCUUUCACCAUUACUUCUUGUCCCACGUUAAUCGCCUCCCCUCUCGUAAUCAAACUCACAGCCCUUAUCCCUGGGGAAGACGACUUUCCGAAUGUCGGGAGGAGGAUGAGUACGAAGCUGACGAAGGCAAAAAUGCGGAGAGCGCGGCGAGCGGUUCCGCUUUGGCAAAGAAAAUGGAAAGAUCAUCGGACAGCGUGAGUUUGGCGAAGACCGUGGGCGACAGCUUGGGCACGAUAUCUUCGUCGAGCUCCACCUCAGAAAACUCAAUCUCAGAGCAAACGGACCAAACAGCAAGCAACGUGAUCACGGAGCCCCAGGCUGCGCCCCAAGUCGUAACGACUAGCAGGUUCACAACUUCUCAGACCUCGACGCCGUCCGCUUCAACCGUCACGUCCCCAACCUCCGGUAGUAAGCCACCACUUCGCCGACGGCACACCGCCGGUCCUGGAAUGACUUUUCCAGCCACGGAUCCACCAAGUUACUCGGCUAGCAUGACGUUCUCAAGGACGAGUCCCCUUCCCAGUCCGCAUCUUGACAAACGAUUCUUCGACUCUAGCCUCAUAGAGAUGAAAAGUCAGGCGAGUAGUUCUAGCACCCUCGACUAUGACUCGAACGAAGACAUAUGGGUACGGAGGGUGGAUUUUGUUCAGGAACGAAAGCGUCGGGAACUUGGUUCGCAACCAUUGCCAACAAUCGUAACCGAAGAUACCGACGUAUCUGGUCAGUCCGGGCAAGAUGAGGGUCACAGACCACGUGCUGGUACCUGGGGAUCGCAUUCUAGGAACAUCAGAAAAGCCUCAACAGGCAGUGCUCCAGGUUCGGGUAAAUCUACACCAUUACCUCAGCCUCACAGUGAUCAAUUGAGUUCUUCCUCCGGUUUUGUCAAAGCUUCAGGGCGAAAGUCCGCAAGUACACGAUCGGGGUCAAACAGUCGUAGCAACAGUACAGAGCGUCGGAAGAGCGGCGAUGACACAGCGAGCCCCACGAGAAAACCGGCACUUUUCGACGCCUUUCGACCGCGGAGUAAAUCGGACGCCAGUAAAACCAGAAAACCCAGUAUUAUUACGAAUAUGAAAAACGCCGUACAGCAUUCUUUGCAUCGGAGUGCUCACGUUAGUUCCUCUUCGGACGUAACUUCGGAGAAGGAGCAUCAUCACAAAGAUCAUAAGGACCAGAAGGAGAGCAAGGACUUGCAAAAAGAGGGAGGCAAGGAGCAAUAUUCGCGGCCGCGGGCUGGAUCGGAAAGCAGUCGGAAUCCUGUCAGCAAAGUGAUGGAUCUCAUUAGACAUCGAAGUCACAGUGUCGUCAGCACGGAAGACAAGCGGAAAGCGAGAGCAGCUGCACAGCAUCAUCAAAUCGCAGCACAAAGUGCUCUCAGAAGGGGUAGCCUGGACCCUGGGACCAGAAGAUUGUCUCUCGGGACGCCGGCAAUACCUCACAGGGCAUCCGACGCCUGUUUGGAUCCAGCACACGCCGCCAUAUUAUUCCGGGACUCUCGAGGACUUCCUGUGGUGGAUCCGUUCCUAGAAAAAGUUUCCAUCUCCGAUCUUGAGGAAGACGAAUCACAGAUCUUUGUAAAGUUCUUCAAAUUUCACAAAUGUUACGAUCUGAUACCUACCAGUGCCAAACUCGUUGUAUUUGACACCCAGCUGCUCGUUAAAAAGGCCUUCUUCGCUUUGGUUUAUAAUGGUGUAAGGGCGGCUCCGUUGUGGGACAGUUCUCGGCAAGAGUUCGUGGGAAUGCUGACGAUCACAGAUUUCAUAAAAAUUCUACAAAUGUAUUACACCAGUCCAUCCGUUACAAUGGAUGAGCUCGAAGAACAUGAACUCGAUACCUGGAGAAAAGUUCUGAAGGAUCAAGUUCAUCCGCUCGUCAGCAUUGGGCCAGACGCAUCCCUGUACGAUGCUAUUCGCACCCUCAUCAAGAACAGGAUCCAUCGUUUGCCCGUCAUUGAUCCUGACACUGGAAACGUCCUAUAUAUACUGACACAUAAGAGAAUACUCAGGUUCCUUUUCCUAUACAUUCUCGAGCUCCCGAGGCCUUCCUUCAUGAGUAAAACGCUGAGAGAGCUAAGGAUAGGAACAUUUGAGAACAUAGAAACAGCUACCGAAGAAACUAGCAUAAUCUUAGCGCUCAAGAAGUUCGUCGAAAGGCGGGUAUCGGCGUUACCGAUCAUAGACAACGAUGGAAAAUUAGUCAACAUCUAUUCCAAGUUCGACGUUAUAAAUUUGGCGGCAGAGAAAACUUACAAUAAUCUAGAUGUUUCGUUACGAGAUGCCAAUGAACACAGAAACGAGUGGUUUGAAGGGGUACAAAGCUGCAAGCUCGAUGAAACAUUAUUUACUGUAAUGGAAAAAAUUGUACGAGCUGAGGUCCACCGACUCGUCGUUGUAGACGACGAUGAUAAAGUGAUCGGUAUAAUUUCGCUAUCUGAUCUUUUAUUAUACAUCGUCCUGAGGCCAUGUGGCGAUGAUGAUGGUAGCAGUAACAAGGAUAGUUUAUUAUCCUUACGGGAUAAAGAUUCUGGAACGUCGAAAGAACCAAGUUUAGCCGCUUCCGAGGUCUCGCUCGUCGAUCACGGGGAUACCGAAGGAGACGAGGAUGCUGAUAAAGCGGAUAAUAACCGAACAACAGCAGUAGCAGUUGCAGAAGAACAAGUAACCCGUAGAAUACCUAGUCCUCCACUCAGUCCAACGGCAUCUGAUAUUUCGGACCACUUAUUAGUAACCCAAUCACAGGAGCCAACAUGGCGAGAAGUGACAGUCUCUGGAGGCGAAUAACGACAUCCUAGUUAGUCUCGACUGGUAAAGCAUUAUUUUCUACAGCCUAAGCAACCUCACCCACUCGUCAAGGGAUAUCUAACUAAACUGAAGUAUAGCGAUCACGAUGCUUUUGCUACAAUGCAAGUACACCUAUAAUCUCCGGAGAGUCAUCAAAGAUAAUCAGAGUGAAGUUUCUUAUGUAUUUUACAAAUAUGUCCAGUUAUUCGUUUUAUAUCCAAUUCCAAUUGAGCAAUUCAAUUCAUAUUUCGCAGCAAGCAGUAGAGUCUAAUUUUAUAUAAUAGUAUAAUUAUCAUCGUACACUAAUUGAUUCGAUUCAUUUUCACCGUUAGGUUUGAAACUAGCAUGCAAUUAUGGCCAUCAGCAUAUUGUUUUGUACAUCGAGAAAGGACCGUAAUUGAUUAUUGAUAUGCAUAAUAAUAUUGUAUAACGUUAUAACUGUACGAGGUUAAAGUAAAUGAAGCAACAAAAAGUUAAACACUAGUAAUUUGUGAUACUUUGAGAGGGUUUACUUAAUGAAUAAUGCAAACCUUUGCCUUCCGCGGGUGAUUUUUAAAGUCAGAAACGGGUUUGAAAAAAAAAAUAAAAAUAUUACCAUAUGCGAUCAUAUUAGGGGUGUUGAAAUGAAAAUCUAAUUAUUCGAAAUAUUUGAAUUAUUUGUGAUUUAAAAUUACUUGUAUACCCCUAGAAUAUAUGUACACGAAUAAUGAUGAUGAUAAUAAUAAUAUUAACAAUAUUAACAACAACAAUAACAAAGAAUAAUAACACCAUCUGUAAAUAUAGAUAUUAUAAAUUACUAUAUUAAUAAGUAUGAAAUGAAUUUAAACAAUGAAAUAUGAUUAGAAGCUUACAUCAGAAGCCAGGCAACUUGAAAUAAUUCUGAGAAAAUUUCUGAGCUUCUGGUAAGCCACACACAGUUUUGUAGAACAUUGCAAAAAUUAUAAGCAUCAAUAAAGCCGCCAAGUACAACAAUG